UCAUAGAUUUGACGACGGCUCUGAAGACUCAAGAAGAAGAAGAGGCGACGACGACGUUGGCCAUCCAUCCAACGAUUUCUGCAGUCAGGUUAUAGCUUAACAGAUCGAAACAAGUCUGUUCGUGAAUCCCGGAUUGAGUGAAACUUGAGCCUUACAUUUUUCGACAGGAUCUGAUCCAGUUCGAUGGCCGAAGGUGACCAGGCAGUGGAACUGGUCGAUUCCCAGGAUCAUUCCGCGCUACACUCUGAGGACAGUCAAGAAUUAGCCCUGUUCGAUAUGAUGCCUCCACCUGAUCUCUUGUCAUCGCCUGUGGAUGAAAAUAGCUGGAAAAAGAAGCAUCACCGAAGAGCGAGGAAAGGUCGGAAGCGCCUGUCCACGGAUUUGUCUAGUCCCAAAAAGAUUGAAAUUGAUGAAAACACAAUCAAAUCCCCAGAAGGAGCUCGAAGCCAGCUUAAAUCACCUACCAAAGUUCCAAUGAGUUCGGUGGCUCGUUUGGGUGUCCCUCCCGGGUCCAAAAAGAAACGACCGGUCUAUUUGAGACCCACUAAUGGGCCCCUUUUAAACGCGCCUAAGAAUUCCACCCAAUUUAUUAUCGACGAUCACGAGAGUGAUGCCGAUCUCUACCUUGAAAAUCCGGGUCAAUCCGGACAUGGAGGAGUUGAAUCUCGGUCGACGCCAGCUCGUCGAGCCCCACCUUCACCCAAAGAAAAUGACCGAGAGAAUCUCUCACCCGAUGAUGACUCGUUUUGGGCGGCCUAUUCUGAGCGAGAUUUCCAAUCCGUCUAUGAGACUGCCCACCACGAAGAAGUCUCAAAGUGGGAUCGGAAGAAGCUCUGCGACGAGAUCUCCUCGUUGGAACGCCGCCAGAGGGAGCUGGUCAACAUCCUAGCCCGUGUGGAUCCCGAGAUCUAUGUUCAGAAACUUCAAACUGAAUUGUCAAAGCUCCAAGAGACCAAUCGUCGAUUGCGUCAAGAGCAAUCGGAACAGAAUCCGGCAUUACCGGAUAGUAGUUCCAUGACCUCGGGGGCAACCACUACCACCACCACACCUACUCCCCUACCAGGGGAGGAAGACGAUGAAGGCCAAGGCGGUUCCAAUUCUGCGCGGGAAGAGAGUUCAACGAUAGAUGCCACUUCGCCCGUGAAUGGCUUGAAUGUCGGGCAAGCCGAUGUCGAAAUGCCCCAAUCACCCGUGCGCGAUGGGUGAAUUAGCGGGUACCGCCAUUGAGCAUUUCGUUUCCAAGUACAAAUGUCUUGUCCAUACCACCCAUCCACCCUGUUUAAAUAUUAUGGCGAAUGAGAUUUAUUCCAUUCGAUCUCUCUCCCUCCUCACGAUUGAUAAAUGAAAAUAUGAAAAUCCUUAGCUAGCGUGGCCAUCUAGUCGAGACCCAAGCCAAUAAAUGAAAAAAAAAUACCA